AUGAUGAGAGGAAUCUUGAUGAAAUCAUGGCUGAUCGAAGGGCUGGAAGCGGAGCUUGAUGCAAGGGAUGUGAGGACUGGUGCAGCAGUUGAAAGGAAGUUGCCACGGAUGCUCCACGAUCAGGAUACAGAUGAGGAUAUGAAUUUCAGGCGUCCUAAAAGGCACAGGGCUAGUUUUAGACCACCAAGUGGACCAAGAACACCAAGAAGUGAUGAUGAUGGUGAUGGUGCCACUCCAAGUUCACCUGGAAGAUCUCAGCGUGGAAUGUACUCCGUGGAUGAAUUUGAUGAAGAAGAUGAGAUGAACAUGUACCGUGUCCAAGCUAACAAGUGUAGCCUGGAAAUAGACUACAAACAGUUUAUUUAUAUACAUCCAAACAUUGCCAUCUGGUUGGCGGAUGCACCUCAAUCAGUGCUUGAAGUUAUGGAGGAAGUUGCCAAAAAUGUUGUUUUUGAUCUCCACAAGAAUUAUAGGAACAUCCACCAAAAGAUCUAUGUCCGAAUAACGAACCUUCCUGUCUAUGAUCAAAUACGCAAUAUCAGGCAAAUCCAUCUGAACACAAUGAUUCGAAUUGGUGGUGUUGUUACUCGACGAUCUGGUGUAUUCCCUCAGUUGCAGCAGGUGAAGUAUGACUGUAGCAAAUGUGGAACUAUCCUGGGCCCUUUCUUCCAGAACUCCUACACUGAGGUGAAAGUCGGAUCAUGCCCUGAAUGCCAAUCCAAAGGGCCAUUCACAGUCAAUGUUGAGCAGACUAUAUAUAGGAACUACCAGAAACUCACUCUUCAGGAAAGCCCAGGAAUUGUUCCUGCUGGGCGGCUUCCCAGAUACAAGGAAGUAAUACUUCUGAAUGAUCUGAUUGACUGUGCUCGUCCAGGAGAGGAGAUUGAGGUCACUGGGAUAUACACAAAUAAUUUUGACUUGUCUUUGAAUACAAAGAAUGGUUUCCCUGUUUUCGCCACAGUGGUUGAGGCAAACUAUGUGGCAAAAAAGCAGGAUCUGUUUUCUGCAUACAAAUUAACUGACGAGGAUAAGGCAGAGAUUGAGAAGCUGUCGAAGGAUCCAAGGAUUGGAGAAAGGAUUGUCAAGUCAAUUGCACCAUCCAUUUACGGCCAUGAAGAUAUCAAGACUGCCAUUGCACUCGCUAUGUUUGGUGGACAAGAGAAGAAUGUGAAGGGAAAACAUCGCCUAAGAGGCGAUAUCAAUGUCCUCCUCCUGGGUGAUCCAGGCACUGCAAAAUCACAGUUUCUCAAGUAUGUGGAGAAAACAGGACACAGAGCAGUAUAUACAACUGGAAAAGGAGCCUCUGCUGUUGGUCUUACUGCUGCGGUUCACAAGGAUCCAGUAACACGAGAAUGGACACUUGAGGGAGGUGCACUAGUUCUUGCUGAUAGGGGCAUUUGCCUCAUUGACGAGUUUGACAAGAUGAAUGAUCAAGAUAGGGUAAGUAUUCAUGAAGCUAUGGAGCAACAAAGUAUCAGUAUAUCAAAAGCAGGAAUCGUCACAUCUCUUCAAGCUAGAUGCAGUGUUAUUGCUGCAGCAAACCCAGUAGGUGGAAGGUAUGAUUCAUCAAAGACAUUCACUCAGAAUGUUGAAUUGACAGAUCCCAUUAUUGCACGUUUUGACGUCCUCUGCGUGGUUAAGGAUAUUGUUGAUCCAUUUACAGAUGAAAUGCUUGCAAGGUUUGUUGUAGACAGUCACGCCAGAUCCCAACCCAAGGGGGCUAACCUUGAAGACAGGGUUUCAACCGAUGUGGAUGAUGAUCCACUGGCCGCUGCAAGACAAGCUGACCCAGAUGUCCUUUCCCAAGACAUGCUGAAGAAAUACAUAACUUAUGCUAAGCUGAAUGUAUUUCCCAAAAUACAUGAUGCCGAUCUAGAUAAGAUUAGCCAUGUUUAUGCUGAACUCCGUCGUGAAUCAUCUCAUGGCCAAGGGGUUCCUAUUGCAGUAAGGCAUAUAGAAUCAAUCAUCCGAAUGUCGGAGGCACAUGCAAGGAUGCAUCUGAGGAGCUACGUGUCUCAGGAAGAUGUUGACAUGGCCAUCCGUGUCUUGCUUGACUCUUUUAUUUCAACUCAGAAAUUCGGUGUGCAGAAAGCACUUCAAAAGAAUUUCCGGAAAUACAUGACAUUCAAGAAGGAUUACAACGAGCUGCUUCUGCUCCUUCUGCGGACACUGGUCAAGGAUGCCCUGCACUUUGAAGAGAUCAUGUCAGGAUCAACCUCGCACCUUACUCAUGUGGAGGUCAAAGUGGAGGACCUGAGAAACAAGGCCCAAGAAUACGAGAUCUACGAUCUGAAACCGUUCUUCUCCAGCGCACACUUCAGGGACAACAGCUUCGUUCUGGAUGAAGGGCGUGGGAUCAUCAGGCAUCCACUGGCGGAGUAA